UGAUCACCGAUUUUGAGGUUAAUUGCAGAGACGUUUGUUUGGUUACAGAGACGCUUUUCAGCAAAGAUCUUCGGAGUUUAUUAUAUUAAUUAAAUUUUCUUAUUUCUUCGUUGUGCCAAAAAACUCGCCACAAAAUGUCGACUGCUAUGCCAAUAAAUCCAAAACCUUUCCUCAAUAGUUUGACUGGUAAAGCUGUGAUGGUUAAACUUAAAUGGGGCCAUGAAUAUAAAGGCUAUCUUGUUUCUACUGAUGGGUACAUGAAUUUACAACUUGCGCAAACAGAAGAAUUCAUAGAUGGAUCCUCCUCAGGGAUGCUGGGUGAAGUUUUAGUUAGAUGUAACAACAUUUUAUUCAUAAGAGGAGUGGAGGAGGAGGAUGAAGAAGGGGAGACCAAGGAUUGAAAUAUGUAUUUUGUUUUGAUAACUAAUGAUUCCUAGCAAGACGAUUUUGUUGGCAUGAUAUGGACAAUGUGGAACAACAGUGUUUUGUAUAAUGUGAAAAAUAUAUGGUAUUUUGUGUA